ACACCCUCGCAUACGAGGUCAAAAAAAAAUUGGGAGGUCAGGAGAAUCUGCCAGCUCGCUCUCUUGCUCAGACUUUCUUUUUCUUUGAGGAUUGAACUCGAGACUUUCCUGACCAGUUCCUAUCCCGUCAACUUUGGUGAAUGACAUCAUCACCCAUCGGCCAUGGCGCGCAACUCCAACCAGAACGAACAACAACCAUCUACAGCGGCGACGGGAGCAGGCGGCGGCCUCGGGGCAGCGCAUGUGCGCUUUUCCAAGAGACUGGUCGUCUCGUAUAUCCUUGACUGGAUACUUAUCAUGUGCGUUUUUGCCAAUUAGACCUCCCCAGAAAGCUGGUUUAGAUCCUGUUUCGUUGGUGUGUAUAUACAGUACUCAUGGUAUUCUCUCCCUGCAGUGGUAUCGCACUUAUAGGCUUUGGAUUCGGUCGCGUCUCUCCCAAUCAGAGGCCAUUUUCCCUCACGGAUCCAAGCAUCUCCUUCCCCCACAGAGACCAUGAUACCGUAUCGGUCAGUGUGGUGGCGGUGGUCGCCUUGAUUGUCCCGGCCGUAAUCAUCGUCCUCGGGGCGCUGGUGCUCAUCCCCUUGGGCCCGGCGAUGACAAACCAUGAGACGACGAUAGUGGCACGCGCAAAAUUGUGGCGGUACAAGGUAUGGGAGUGGAAUGCCGGAUGGCUGGGUCUGGGUAUAUCGCUUGCGGGGGCCUAUAUGGCGACCGAGGGGCUGAAGGAUCUGUUUGGGAAACCUCGGCCGGAUAUGCUCGCCCGAUGCGAUCCGGAUCUCUCCAAGAUUAACACCUUCGCUGUCAGCGGCCUGGGAUCCAGCCUCGAUGGAGCUCCGACACUGGUCACCUGGGAGAUCUGUCAAAAUCAAGCGCGAGAGUUGGCUGUUGAUGGCUUUUCGAGUUUCCCCAGUGGGCAUUCUUCUUUCGCAUUUGGCGGAUUGACGUAUCUCACUCUAUGGCUCUGUGCCAAACUGUCCAUCGGAUUUCCCUAUCUCGCCCAUUCACCGCUUAGCCAGGAAUUGCAGAGACAGGAACGUAACACCAUUCGAAAGCAGGGAGCAGCCCCGCCGGUUUACCUGCUCAUAAUCGUAUUCGUGCCCAUAGCGGUGGCGUGCUUCAUAGCUGCUUCGCGGUGGUUCGACUAUCGCCACCAUGGAUUCGAUAUCAUCUUUGGAUCAGUCAUGGGAAUCGUCUUCGCGUGGAUCGGUUUUCGACUUUACCAGCUUCCCGUGAUGCGCGGUGCAGGCUGGUCUUGGGGGGCGAGGGACAGUAGCCAUGCUUUCUUCCGAAGCGUGGGACUGCCGAGCCAUGUCGGCGCGGACAACUGGGCAACUGCGAAAUAUGCACCACCGCCAGUGAGAGCAGAGCCCAGGAAUCAGGAUGUUGACCUCGAGAGUGGCCGUAAAGCAGCAAGGGAAUAGAUUCCCUACAUCCUGACCAGAUAGCGGUGGGUAUUAGGCCAGUGGAAAAUGUGACAGUGCAGGAGUCAUUUGGAAGAUUUCUGUAGGCCGUGGGGUUGUCUUCUCGCGCCCUCAUGCUUUUGUCCCGUACGCUUAGCAAUGUCUAGGAAACGCAUCCCGUCCCGGGGCCUUUAGGGGCACAAUAAUAACCCAGCGUAGUGAAACCCUCGAAUUGAGCGGGCUGCUUCCAUCACCUCCAACCUCCUACCCGUCCCUCAUCCCACCUAGCUUUCGCCUCCCUCCUCGCGGCCAACUUGGCCGACUCC